CGCCUGUUGUUCCUUAUUUGAGGUUAUCGCAGUACAUCGAGGCUAUCGGGCUACAGUGCGCAAGUGAGGAAGCGAGCGCGAGCAGAGCCGCCUUUUGAAAUCACUUCGGCACUUCUUUGCAACCGGCAAAAAAAAAAUGCAAUAAAAUAAACCACAACAAACGAGGAAGCAAAGCAGAGCGAGCGAAGAGAACAGAAUCGUUAGAGUCGACGAGGAAACGAAUAGGCUAAAGUUUUGCACCUGCGGCACAAUAUUGGGACCUUGACGACAGGCUGCUGCUACCAGGAUCUUCACUUACUCGAAAUGGAAGAAUUUCUGGACCACUGGCUAUGGCGUGAAGAAUACUGGCUUCCACCUGGUGUAACAUGGAGAGACAUGGUUGGAACGGGGGACACACGCUACCCCCUACCUCGAGACCUGCUUUUCUCUCUCUCGCUUUCCUUAAUCUUCAUUGGUGUUCGCUAUAUCUUUGAGAGGUGGGUGGCACUCCCUCUGAGCAGGCAGCUUGGAGUGAAGGACAGAAUCCGGAUCAACGUGCCUAGAAAUGUCAGGCUGGAGGAGUAUUACAAGAAAAGGAGCAGAUGUCCCUCAGAGGGAGAGAUGCUGCUUCUGUCCAAACAAAGUGAGCUCUCUGUCAAACAGAUUGAAAGGUGGUUCCGUCGGCGCAGAAAUCAAGACCGUCCCAGCAACAGCAGAAAGUUCUGUGAAGCCUGCUGGAGGUUUACCUUCUACUCUGCUGCCUUUCUUGCUGGCUUGAUGGUGCUGAUUGAUAAGCCCUGGUUUUGGGACCAAAGUGAGUGCUGGGCUGGGUACCCAAAACAACCACUGCAAAUGUCUUUAUACUGGUACUACAUGAUUGAACUGGCAUUUUAUUGGUCACUCCUGUUGAGAGUUUCUUUUGAUGUUAAACGCAAGAGUUCUGUUUGUGUGCAGGAUUUUAAGGAGCAGAUUAUCCAUCACGUUGCAACCAUUGUUCUGAUUGGAUUCUCGUAUUGCUCUAACUACGUUCGUGUCGGAACACUAGUAAUGCUGGUGCACGAUGCCUCUGACUAUCUUUUGGAGUCUGCGAAAAUGUUUAAUUAUGCUGGAUGGAAGAGGACAUGUGACACGCUGUUUGUCAUCUUUUCUGCAGUCUUCCUCUUUACACGGCUCGUUGUUUUUCCUAUGAAAAUCAUCCACACUACCCUCUACCUCUCGAUGGAAGUCUUUGAGCCUUUCUUUGGCUACUACUUUUUCAAUGUUCUGCUCCUGGUCCUGCAAGUGCUGCACAUCUUUUGGGCCUCACUCAUCCUUCGCAUGGUGUGGAAAUUUGUCUUUGAGGGUAAAGUUGAUCAGGAUGAACGUAGUGAUGUUGAGGAGACUGAUUUUGCAGAGGAUGAUGAAGAAAAGAAACAUUGGGAUGCGAGGAACAGAGCUUUGGACUCAAAGCUGGUUUCUCUAGCCAACAACAACUGUGUUCUUAACAAUCUGACCAGUCAGAGAAACAACACCAUCAGCACGUUGCCUAAAGCCCGGUAGCACUUUGACUUCAUUUGAGUCUGGAGGACUGGCCCAUAGACAAGUUCAUCUUAAGGUGUGUGAAUGUACACUUAAAAUACUUUGUCUUUGGGGGAAGAAAAAGGGCUGAACCUUUUUAACUGUUCCACAACAAUAUUUUAAACAUUUUUAAAUGUGAUUUUAAUCUUCAUCUGGAGGUUGAGGGACUUUUUCGAAAGCUACAUAAGCUCCCCUUACUCUGUGCCUAUUUUUAGAAGAAAAAAAAAACACACACACUAGGACCUCUUCAACUGGGAGUUAUGGGAAGCUAUUCUAAGGAGACUUAAUGUAUUCUGACACUCUGCUAAAUUUCUGUUUUAGCAGCUAUGUGGUCUCCUAACUUGUUUUAUGUGCCGCACCAUUCCUCUUUAUAUUGGUUGUAGCCUUAAUGCAAGAAAUGCUCCAAGCACGUUUUCCAUAAACCUAUUAGUGGGGUAGGGUACGGAGUCCCCUGUGUAUAGAAAUAAAAUUAUUUUGAUAAAGUUGGGAAUUUUUGGUGGAAUAUUGUGUGAACAUUAACUAUCCACUCCUUUAUCUGCAAAGCUGGACUAUCUUGAUGGGGUUGUUGUGUUGUCUUGAAACUUACAAACAUGUUAAGAAUUUCCUCUGAUGUGCUACUCAAAUGACAGAUGGUGUACCAGACCCAUACUUCCUUGCCGUGUUGUGGAUAUUGGGUUCAGCUUUAGUUGUGGACAUUGGGUUAGAGGACCUCUGAGAAUUCUAAUAUUAAGACUGGAUUGAUUCUCACUGGUGGGGGAUGACUGGUCUUAUUUUUAACUGAUUAUGUUGUUAUUAUCUUUUAUUAAAUGCAAUAUUAAACUA